GGAGAAAAAAAGAGACAGAGAUAGCUAAAGAAGGUCUACGAUAGCUCCAUCGGACAUCGGCGGCGACAUGACUUCUUCGGCGGCGAUCAGAUCUGAUAUCUACGACAGAGAAGAACGCAAGCAGCAAUACCAAGCACAUAUUCGUGGCCUGAAUGCUUACGAGCGGCAUAAGAAGUUCUUGAAAGACUACGUUCGUUUUUAUGGGAAAGAUAAGCCAGCUGAAGUCAAAUUACCGGUUAAAACGGAUCAGGACACAUUAAGAGAAGGAUACAGGUUUAUACGUUCUGAAGAAGAUGAUUUAAAUCCUUCUUGGGAGCAAAGACUGGUGAAGCGAUACUAUGAUAAGCUUUUUAAAGAAUACUGUAUAGCUGACAUGUCAAGAUACAAGACUGGUAAGAUCGGUUUAAGAUGGAGAACGGAAAAGGAAGUAAUGACUGGGAAAGGGCAGUUUUUGUGUGGGAGCAAACAUUGUGAUGAAAAGGAAGGGUUAGCAAGCUAUGAGGUGAAUUUUUCUUAUCAUGAAGCUGGAGAAGAUAAACAAGCCCUUGUAAAACUCGUAGCUUGUGAGAGAUGUGCAGAGAAGCUUUACUACAAAAAAAGAAAGGAGAGUGAAAGAUCAGAGAGUAAAGAAAAGAGAAAGCAGAAACGAAAACGGAGUCAAUCACACAGUGAAGAUGACACAGACAAAGAGGAGAAAAGAAAGGAGGGUGAAAGAUCAGAGAGUAAAGAAAAGAAAAAGCAGAAACGAAAACGGAGUCAAUCACGCAGUGAAGAUGACACAGACGAAGAGGAUAGGAGAAAAGGGAAAACGGGAAAGUCCAAGUUGGAAGGUGGUGAUAGAGAAGGCAAGGAUGAUGAAAACUUCGAUGAAUACAUGGAGGGGAUGUUCCCGGGUAAGGGGUGAAAAUUUGGGACUUUCGAGUUUCCAAAGGUAUCACAGGGAUAUCUUUUAUGUCAUAGCCUAGAUUGAGUGUAAAAUUACGUAAUCCCUUGUCUACUGAAAGAAACGGAAUUUUAAUAU